AGCAAAGAGCACCAAGUUGGUGGAAAAGAACUUCAAUUGCAUUCUCAUCAAGAGAAUAUAUUUCUAAGAUUAUGGAGGACGACCUAUGAGAACUGAUUUGAGUUUUCAGGUGGCGCCAAAAGCUUGAUUGAAUCUUCUACAUUGAAGCUCCUAGUAGUUUAACAUAAGUGUUCUUCAUCCUUAAAAAUCAUGGCUGAUAAGGUCAGUACUGAUCUGUCUCCAUCUCUGCCCCAGCGAAAGUGGAAGAUGCCACUCCUUGUUUUCUUUAAAGAUGUGAGGCAUGUUUUCAAGAUGGAUGAGCUUGGUUCCGAGAUACUAAGGAUUGCUUUCCCUGCCGCCUUGGCCUUAGCUGCUGAUCCCGUUGCCUCUCUGAUUGACACAGCAUUCAUAGGCCAUAUAGGCCCGGUGGAGCUAGCUGCUGUGGGAGUUUCCAUUGCUAUCUUCAAUCAAGCUUCAAGGAUAACUGUAUUCCCACUUGUCAGUAUCACAACUUCUUUUGUUGCUGAGGAAGAUACUGUUGGAAAAAAAGGCAAUGAAGCCCCAAAAGGUGAAAACUCUGAAAAGGCUUCAGUCCAAAAUUCUGAAACAAAAGAGUUGGAGGAUGAAGAUGUAAUUCUUGAGAACUUGGAAAAGGGUUCAAACCCAAACAGUGAAAUGAAAGAGUUGAUCCCAGAAGAUGAUUUGAAGACUACUACAUACAAGCCCCCAUCUGUUAGUACUGUCAGUCCUAAUAGAGUUAAGUUAAAGAAGGAGAGGCGGCAUAUCCCUUCAGCAUCAACAGCACUAGUUAUCGGCUCAUUUCUUGGUCUCUUCCAAACUAUAUUUCUUAUCUUUGCAGCAAAACCGCUCUUGAGUUUCAUGGGCGUGAAAUCUGGUUCUUCUAUGCUAACCCCAGCAAGAAGGUAUUUAACAUUGAGAGCUCUCGGAGCUCCUGCUGUUCUUCUCUCCUUGGCCAUGCAAGGGGUUUUUCGAGGGUUCAAGGAUACCAAAACUCCCUUAUAUGCCACUGUGGUGGGAGAUCUAACAAAUAUCAUUUUGGAUCCAAUAUUUAUCUUCGUUUGCAAGUUGGGGGUCAGCGGCGCAGCCAUUGCCCAUGUCAUUUCUCAGUACUUAAUAUCCCUUAUCCUCCUGUUGAGAUUGAUGAAAGAAGUUGAUCUCCUGCCUCCAAGUCUUAAAGAUCUGCAAUUUCGCCGGUUCCUCAAAAAUGGUGUACUACUGCUAGGGAGGGUAAUAGCAGCGACAUUCUGUGUGACCUUGGCGGCAUCAUUGGCUGCACGGCUGGGCUCAACUCCUAUGGCUGCGUUCCAGAUAUGCCUACAAGUCUGGAUGACAUCUUCCCUUCUGGCUGAUGGUUUGGCUGUUGCUGGGCAGGCAAUCCUUGCUUGUGCCUUCGCUGAGAACGACUACGCCAAGGCAACUAAUGCUGCAACACGAGUAUUACAGAUGGGCUUUAUUCUAGGGUUAGGGCUUGCUCUCCUCGUUGGACUUGGCCUGCAAUUUGGUGCAAAAGUCUUUUCAAAGGAUGUUAAUGUUCUACACCUCAUUAGUAUAGGAGUCCCGUUUGUUGCUGCAACUCAACCGAUAAAUUCUUUGGCCUUUGUCUUCGACGGCGUGAACUUUGGAGCAUCGGAUUUUGCAUAUUCUGCAUACUCCAUGAUUUUGGUGGCCAUUGUGAGCAUUGCAUCUUUAUUCUGCCUCUCCAAGAGCUAUGGUUACGUCGGAAUCUGGGUUGCUUUAACCAUCUACAUGGGCCUGCGUACAUUUGCUGGAUUUUGGAGGAUGGGCACUGGGACAGGACCGUGGCAUUUUCUUAGGAAUAGAUCAUUAUCGUAAUUAUAUUUGUAACUCUAAGAGCUUGUGUAAUCAAUCGAUGUAUUUUUAUUUACUAUUUUUUUCUUCUUUCUUAUUGGUUUUGUUAUGAAGUAUUGACCUCGAGACAUAAAUUUCUUUCUACCAUAUAUGUUUGUAUUAGGGUUGGCCGGUAAAAUAUUAUAUAUUCAUGGAUGUUAUUGUCCUAUAUAUUCAUAAACUACUACA